UAGGAAGAUGUUCAUAAGCUUCUCCAAAGGGUGGAGCAUACCAAGCAGUCCGAUAGCUUUCAGUUUCUCAGUAAGAAACUGGAAAUAACUGAGAAAUAGCUAAAGUACAAUCAUCCAGUGAGACAAAAUAUCAUACGUGCAGAGGCCAAGGUAAAUAAAUGUGCUCAGGGUCUCAACAUUUGACUUCUCCAGGAAACUUAUAAGAAGAGUGGUGUUCCUCUAAAACCAAAGAGAAAACACAAAUAAAGGAAACCAGAGGCUCAGCACAGAAGACAGACCAGGAGGUCUGGAUGUUUCUUUGCUACUUUAUGUGCCGAGUCCUCUGCUUUGGAACAUCCACCUCUCCGUUCUUAGGAAUCGCAGUCUGCAGUGAAUCACUCCCUGCUGUGUGCUGACUUCCUGUGCCCACUGGUGUUCACUCGCUUUCUGCUGUACUCUUCCGACUUCUGUGCUCUCCUAACGUUAGCACUGAGAAUCAACUUCAGCGUUUCCCGAGCUAUGCUCUUGUCCUCUGCUGUCGCGGCUACCAAAGAGAGGAGAGUGGAGUGGGUUAUAAAGCUUCUGAAGAUCUAAAGAAAGAAGCUGAAAGAUCCAAAGUUUAAAAAAAAACCAUGGAAACAAGAAACCAAAGUUCUGGGACAGAUUUUACACUUGUUGGUGUUUUCCAAUAUGGCGGAAUGAAUGCUGUUCUCUUUGCUGCCAUUACCGUCCUCUUCUUGGUGGCUGUGCUAGGAAACGUCACCCUGGUCCACCUCAUCCGACUGGACAGCAGACUCCACACGCCCAUGUACUUCCUGCUCAGCCAGCUCUCCCUCAUCGACAUGAUGUACAUCUCCACCACUGUGCCCAAGAUGGCGACCGACUUCCUGACAAACACCAAGACCAUUACGUUCUGGGGCUGUGAGAUUCAGACAUUCGUAUUCCUGAGCCUUGGCGGGUCCGAAGCCAUCCUCUUGGCCUUCAUGUCAUAUGAUCGUUACAUAGCCAUCUGCCAUCCUUUGCACUAUGCAGUGCUCAUGAGCAAGAAGAUCUGCUGCGGCCUGGUCACGUGCACCUGGUCUAGCGGUGCUGUCAACUCCUUCAUACACACACUGUAUGUUUUCCAGCUUCCCUUCUGUGGGUCUAGGGUCGUUAACCACUUUUUCUGUGAAAUUCCGUCUCUACUGCCAUUGGUUUGUGAGGACACCUCCCAGUAUGAGUAUAGCAUCCUGCUGAGUGUACUUUUCAUCCUGUUGCUGCCUUUCGUGGCCGUCCUAGCGUCCUAUGCUCGGGUGCUCACUGUGGUAUUCCAGAUGCGCUCAGGCGCAGGGCAGAACAAAGCUCUCUCCACGUGCUCCCCCCACCUGAUUGUGGCCAGCCUCUUCUACACAGCAGGUCUCUCCACAUACACGCGGCCUCACUCCUUGCAUAAUCCUGCCCAUGAUAAGGUGGUGGCAGUGUUUUACACCGUGGUCACACCCCUUCUGAACCCAUUCAUCUACAGCCUGAGGAACAAGGAGGUCCUCGGGGCCCUGAGGAGGCUGCUGGGAUCAUGGACACUGGUGCAGAAAAUGUGACUUAAGAAUUCUUCAGCGAUGGAGGGUCAGCACAGGAGACAGCUGUGUCUGUAAUCCCCCAGGGAGGGUGUUGGGAUAGAAAUUCUGUGUAGAUGCUCAAGAAGCAUGGGGCUUAUUAGAAGUGUUCAGCUUAUAAAUCAGUAGAGUACACAUUUGAUGGACUCUGUGCUCCCGAGACAUGAAUAUUUUGAAUUUUUCUUUUUAUUUCCAUGAAAAUCAGUCCAUAUAAAUGAAAUCUACCCAAACAUUUAACAUCAAGAUAAUUUAUAUAACGUCUAAAGUUAAUGGAGAUAAAAAAUAUAAUUUGCCCAUCUAGUCAUAAAUUCAUCAAUGUUUUAGAGACAUCACUGUGACUGUGACUUUGUCAUAAGGUCUGUUUACAUGGAAGUCAAAGAAGCUAAAUCUGAGGAAUUCUCCGGAUUUAUUUCUCCUUCCAUCUAAACAUCCCUCGGGCCGGGGAUUUAGCUCAGCGGUUCG